GAUUGGACGAGCCGGGCGGCUGCGCGCUGAUGGUUUGUGAAGAGCUGUCUUCCAGCUGCAGUGUGGCAGGUGAUCACCGGGUGAGGAGACGACAUGUUCCGAAGGAAGCUGCAAGCGCUGGACUACCACAACCCCGCCGGCUUCAACUGUAAAGAUGAAACGGAAUUCCGAAACUUCAUUGUUUGGUUAGAAGAUCAGAAAAUCCGACACUACAAGAUCGAAGAACGAGGAAAUCUAAGGAAUAUACACAGCAGCGAAUGGCCAAAACAGUACGAGAAGUAUUUGAAGGACGUCACGUGUCCCUUUAAAGUAGAGGAGCGUCAGGAAGCGAUAGACUGGCUGCUGGGCCUGGCCGUACGUCUGGAGUAUGGAGACAACGCUGCUAAAUACCAGGACGCACAGCCGGUCACCUCCGGAGGUCAGAAGCCUGCAGAGCCGCUGAUAAACCUGGACGUGAAUAAUCCGGAUUUCAAAGCUGGCGUCAUGGCCUUAGCAAACCUUCUACAGAUCCAGAGGCACGAUGACUACCUGGUGAUGCUGAAGGCCAUAAGGAUUCUUGUCCAAGAGCGAUUAUCUACAGAAGCCGUAGCUAAAUCCAACAGCGCUAAAGAGGGUCUUCCGGUGGCGCUGGAUAAACACACACUUGGAUUCGACACUGGAGACGCCGUUCUGAACGACGCUGCCCGAAUCCUGCGAUUACUUCAUGUUGAAGAACUCCGAGAACUUCAGACCAAGAUUAACGAGGCCAUUGUAGCUGUUCAGGCGAUCAUUGCAGAUCCCAAGACAGACCACAGACUGGGAAAAGUGGGGAGAUGAGGACAGGCAUUGACUUGUGUGCCCCUUCCAAACCUGCAGUCAGUCACCCAGCAUGCAGCGUGCACUCAUGUAUAGUACCACAAGGUAAAAUAAAACCCUUCCGAG